AAGUAAUCCAGUCGCUAGCUUGGCACGUUGCAAGGUGCCGGCUCAACGUGGAAAGAUGGCGGCUAUGAAACUUCUAUUCCUCGCCGCGGCAUGUCACUGCGCCUACGCCAUUCCACCAAAACAAUCAAAUCUAAAAACAACAAUCUUCGGAGAUGAAAAACUAGAAGGAGAAAUCUUUGAAAAAUAUGAUGUAGCAGUUGCCUUUAAUGAUGAAGAAGCGGCUUUGUACAGACUACCCACCACCACUAGACCUACUCAUUACAACAUCCUUUGGGCCGUGGAUUUCACCACUACCCCACAAGUCUUCGCAGGAACGGUUGAAAUUCUCUUACACUCCACCCAAACCGGAGUCAACCAAAUCGUUCUCCAGUCCGAGGACUUAACUAUCGGCACUGUAACACUAGUUCAAGACACUACUUCUGUGCCUGUUACAUACGUCGAAGAACCUGACUACCAGUUCCUAAGGAUCAACCUCACCACUGGAACUCUUGCCUAUAAUGCCGCAGAUCCUGUCAUUUACAAUUUGACCAUCACUUUUGAAGCUCCUAUGCGUGAUGAUAUGUAUGGCAUUUACAGGAGUUGGUUUAGGAAUAACUUCACCGAUGACGUGAGCUGGAUGGCAAGCACCCAGUUCCAGGCCACGUCAGCCCGCAAGGCUUUCCCUUGCUACGACGAGCCUAGCUUCAAAGCUACUUUCGAUGUCACCAUCAGACGACCGACCGCGUACCGCAGCUGGUCGGCUACCCGUAUCGCUUCAACCGUAGAAUCUACCAACAUUACUGGCUACCAGGAUGAUAUAUACCACACAACUCCUCUCAUGUCAACUUACCUUUUGGCUAUAAUCGUAGCUGAAUAUGACAGUUUAGAGGUUAACAAUACCAACAACGAACUCGUCUAUGAAGUAAUUGCCCGUCCCAACGCUCUUUCCACCGGCCAGGGACAGUACGCUUUGGAAGUGGGUCAGGAGCUUUUGGCUGAGAUGAAUAACCACACUGACUACGACUUCUACAGUGUGGUUGAUCAUAUUAAGAUGACCCAGGCUGCGAUUCCUGAUUUCUCCGCUGGUGCUAUGGAGAACUGGGGUCUUCUAACAUACAGGGAAGCCUACCUCAUGUACGAUCCCGCUCACACCACCAACAACUACAAGCAGCUGAUCGCUUACAUCUUGUCUCACGAAAUCGCUCACAUGUGGUUCGGAAACUUGGUCACUUGCGACUGGUGGGAUGACUUGUGGUUGAACGAAGGUUUUGCCAGAUACUACCAAUAUUUCCUCACUCACUGGGUCGAAGAUUACAUGGGUUUUGAGACCAGGUUCAUAACUGAGCAAGUCCACACCGCUUUGCUCAGCGACUCGGUUGCCAACGCUCACCCAUUGUCCACAUCUGGUAUCGGAAGCCCGGCAUCCGUCAGCGGCAUGUUUUCAGUUUUGUCAUACAACAAAGGAGCUGCAGUUAUAAGGAUGACUGAACAUCUUCUUGGCUCUGAAAUUCACAGAGCUGGCUUGAGGAAUUACUUGAGGAAUAAGCAAUUCGAGACUGCUUUCCCGAUUGAUUUGUUCACUGCUUUGGAAGAGACUGGCCGAGCCGCUGGUGCUCUUAGCGAGUACGGUCCCGACUUCUCUCUGGUUGAAUAUUACCGCUCGUUUACCUACCAAGCCGGACACCCGAUACUUUACGUGCAAGUCAACCACCAAACUGGUGAGAUGACCAUUCAUCAGCGCCGAUUCGAUAUCAACAACGGGUACCUAGACGUCAACACGCAAUGGGUCAUCCCGAUAACUUUCUCCAGCGCCAGCAAUCCUGACUUCAACAACACCAAGCCCACGCACAUUAUCCGCAAGGCUGUCACUGUCAUCAACCGUGGCUCCGUCGGCGACGAGUGGGUUCUGUUCAACAAACAGCAGACAGGUUACUACCGCGUGAACUAUGAUGACUAUACUUGGGAUCUCAUUACUGCUGCUCUAAGAGGAGAGGCGAGGACUCAGAUUCACGAAUACAACAAGGCGCAGAUUGUCAACGAUGUCUUCCAAUACGCACGUUCUGGCAUCAUGAGCUAUACCAAGGCUCUGAACAUCCUCUCCUUCUUGGAGUUCGAGACCGACUACGCUCCUUGGGUGGCUGCCAUGACUGGCUUCACGUGGCUCAGGACCAGGCUGACAGGCACCAUCUACUUGGAACCUCUUGAGGGUUUGAUCGCUCAAUGGUCUACCACCGUAAUGACCAAUUUGACCUACUACCCGAGUUCAGACUCCGAAGACUUCAUGAGAUCCUACCUUCGCUGGAAUCUGGCCCCCAUCAUGUGCCAGAUUAACAGGGAUGAUUGCCGUACUGCUGCUGUCAAUCAGUUCAACGCUCUAAGGACCUCUAAUGUUGAGGUUUAUCCCGAUAAUCGUGCAUACGUGUACUGCAACGCUCUUCGCGAAGGUACUGAGGAAGAUUUCUACUAUCUGCGCUCGCGCUUCGUCCAGCACAACGUUUACACUGAGAAGAUCCUCCUACUUCAAACUCUUGGUUGUACUAGAUCCGCUGAUGCUCUCAACGUGUUCCUGACCGACAUCUUCACUGAUAACUAUCUGAUCCGUCGUCAGGACUAUACCACUGCUUUGAACUCCGCCGCUGCCGGCAAUGAAGAAAACACACAAAUUUUCUUCAACUUUAUUCAAAACAACUACACAUUAGUCGCCAGCGCGUACCCCAAUAUUGCCACUCCAUUGUCUUACGUAUCUAGUAGGCUGAGAACUGAAGCUGAAGUUGACUCGUUCCAAGAAUGGGCGACCGAAAACCAGGCUCUCCUGGGCACAUCGUAUCAGAGCGUCAUGAACGGCGCGGAAUCCGCCAGGCAGUCCAUCCAAUGGACGGACGGCAUUGUCGCCGACGUUAACAACUUCCUCAAUGCAGGCUACCAGCCUGUGGUCACCACCACCCAGCCGCCGCCCACGGAACCUCCCACACCGGAGCUUGAGCCCAGGCCUGAGCUCACCCAGCCAGAAACCCCAGCGCUCCCUGACUCUGCUGUCACCUCAGUCUUAUCGAUGACCGUGCUUGUCAUGGCCGCCGUAUUCCAUUAUGUUGUAUAAUGAAACCCCAGCUUUAAAACUUGUUUUUGUGUCAUUCAGAAUCUUUCGUAAGCAUUGAAUUAGGCACGUCAGGCGUUACCUGACUUAUGUCUUGUGCCUUAUGAUUAAUAUUGUAUUGAUUGUAAAUAUUAUUUAAUUUAUUGAAUAAAACUUUUACUCGUACUAAAGUAGUAACAA